AUGGAAUCUCAGACGAUUGUCUUGCGAUAUGUCGUGCAGGAUCGCCUGGAGGCACUGCUGAAGAGGCGAUACCCACAGGGAGGGUAUCAAGUUAGUCCUUGCAGCCUGCUUGCUGAGUGCAAAAAAGGCGCGGAGAAACACAUCAGCAUCAGCGUAAUUCGACGAGGAAUUUGCUACCUGACCUUACCACAAGCAUUAUCGCAGGUCUGUCAUUGCGCCGUACCCGCCACCUAUGCACGCGGCUUGAAACGAGCCCCUAACUGA